GUCUGAGAUUGAAAUGGAGUUGUCUGUGUAGAUGCAGAGCUUGCUGGCAGUCAGGUGGACAGUCUCUCUCAUCUUGGAGGCCAGGAACAUACAGACAGCCCCUAAGAGCUGCAGGGUGGACUUCUCCACCGCGAAGCUGCUCAGCGUGUGUCAGGUGCCAGUGGCGGAGGGGAAGAGUGUGCAGCAGACAGUGGACAUCGUGCACAAGAAGCUGGAGCAGCUGGGUGCUGUGAAGCAGGGCAGCUUCUGGGUGGACUGUGAGACGUACCAUGCAACAGGAAAUGUCAGCGGUCAGCCCACCAAGCUCUUAUACGUGAUGCACAACUCUGAAACUCCCCUGAGCUGCAUGGGAUUAUUUGAAGGCGGACCCUGCACGAUAGCCGACGCAAACUUUGACGUUCUCAUGGUGAAGCUAAAAAGUCACUUCCAAAAUGCCAAGGGGCACAAAGUGGAGUGUCGUGGUUCUAGAUACCGUUACUGUGACUUCUUGAUAAAAGUUGGCACUGUGACAAUGAGCUCCAGUGCCAGAGGGAUAUCAGUAGAGGUGGAGUACUGUCCCUGUGUAAUUCCAGGGGACUGCUGGAACCUCACAAAGGAGUUCAUGCAAUCCUUUCUUGGCCCCAGCGUCCCCGAACUGCCGUCUGUGUUUGCUGCCAAGCCUGAAGGACUCUUUGCACCAUCAGACUGCGUGGACACCAUGACUCAGUACCUGGAGUUGUUCAACAAACUUCGUAAACAGCAAAUGCCGGGAAGCAACGUGCGUUGAGUUAUCAGUGGCAUCGGAGAGAACUUUUUUCUAUGUUUGUAUUAAUGUUGCUUUAACUCUGGUCCUGUGGAUCAGCAUGUUAUGCAGGCAUUUUUCAAAGUCUGUGCUUUUUUAUUUCAAUUUCUGGAGCUUCAACAUUGUAAUAAACCUUCCUGUUUGAUAACAGCAUCUUGUAUGGAAGAGAUUUAAUGGAGAACAGAAGCCAGAAUCUGUGUUUAUAUGCAAUUCUAUGGUUAUAAUCAUUGUAUAAUCAUACACACAUAUUUUAAAUAUCCUCUUGGUGGUCUAGAGAGAAACUUUUAGCUGAAAGUAAUAUUACACAUCAUUUCAAGUUUUUCUGUUAGUUUAUCUUAUUAGAUUUCUUGUAGUGGGUGUUGACUAAAGGCUUAUGUUUGAUAAGUUAAAAGAGCUUUGUACUGGUGUGGAUGUCUGUCCAUCUGUGCAGAGACCUGCGGAUUUCAGUUAAAUUAUGUGGUUUAUUCAAUAGAAUUUUUCAUUAUAGAGAUUUUGACUUGUAUAAAUAUAAUACAGAAAACAUGAAUGAGGUCUCUGUUCAGUUGUAUUAGCCUACUAGGGCAUUGUAGUGAUCAGCAUGCACAAUACAGAGGUGUUACUAUUAACUUUACUGUUGCAGGAAACGAAA